CUUGUUAGUGACCGGCGAUCUCGCGUUUGUUCCCAUCGUUCUCGUUUGCAUACAAUCUACGAGGGUGUCCGAACUUCCUCGCCGGUGAAAUAUAUCAGCCCCGGAAAUAAUUCCAUUUAUUUUUUUCAAACCAUCAUGAUUGCACAUUUUGCAAUAUCCGAGGGAACGGCAAUUUUGUACAUAGGGUUCAUGUCUUGAACCGGGGUGUGUACCUUUACUAGUGAUAUAUGAAGUCUGGUGAAAUGUCCCUAGAGCGAGGUGUGAAAAAUCGAGUCCUCGUAAUUGGAGUCACAAUGCCCUUCCUGGAUAACACCCACGGUCUGAGUAAUGUAGAAGUCGUCUUCAGGGUGUGAUUUACGAGUAGGUUUCGCCGAAGUUUCAUCCCAUAAAUCGCGGCUCCGUCAUAAUCGAGGCGCCUGUGAUAUCAUAAUUUGACAUAGCUCCUUAUCCUCGAGGCUGAUCUAUAAGAGAUUCAGUGGACCAGCGGCGACCGAGAAAAAUGACAGAAAUUAAGUGAAGGUAUUCGCGACAACGGAAGUGCCAUUUUACUGAGUUCAACGGAGAUUUAUCUACUUCACGUAAUUUAUAAACAAUAAUGGAGGACUCUGCCGAGUUCUACAGGAGACUGUGCUCCUCCGAGACUCUCUGCUCGGGACGAAAGGGAUUUUUUCACGACUUUUGCGAAGUGGUGGUCCAGGAAGUCGGUGAGAAAUGGAUCGACGAGGUGUUCGCCAAACACGAGACCGACGAAGACAGAUUUCGCGGGAUUUUCAAGGACCCAAGGUCUCGAAGCGUCCUUGUGGAUCCUCUGGAGAGAAUCAAGGAGCUGUACCGGGAUAAGGAUGCUGAAAUCUCGAGGAGCAAGAGGCUGGAAGGACUCUUAGCCUCCUCUCUGGGAAAUCACGAGAAGGCGCUGCAUCUCCUAAGCAUGGCAGUCCUUAGAGCGCCAAUCACUGGGAAAAACAAAUCCGUCGAUGGCGGCUACACCUACCCCCUGGCGUUGCUAGCAAGAGCGACGACCUUAAUGGACCUUAAGGAUCGCGAUCUGGCUCUUCAGGAUCUCGAAUUAGUCGCCGAAGAGGACAUCCCGGAAGAGCUGAGGAGGCAGCUCGGUCGGAAAUUGGCAGAUUGCAAUCGCGAGACCGACGCCAGACUUCCGCAGGGUAGUGCCCCUCACCUGGACGGGAAUCCUGGGACCAGGACGAGAGGGUGGCCAGGGGUGGAGGCAGGUGAGGCGACUCGUCGCCGGCACGAAAGGGCGCAGGGGAGGACGAUACCGCCUUUGAAGGGGGGUGCCAAUCCGACGCUUUCUGGAUCAUCCAGACUCGUCGAGGUGAGGGAAACUCCUGGAGCUGGGAGGCACGCUGUCGCCGCAGAAGAGAUCCACCCUGGGGACACCCUGGCAACCGAGCCACCCCUGGCGGCUUGUCUCCUGCCCGAUUUUUACGGCACUCACUGUCAACACUGUUUCUCCAGGUUAAGAGCUCCCCUGGGCUGUCCAGAGUGCAGCAGCGUGGCCUUCUGCGGGGAGAAAUGCAGGAAAACUGCACUUGAGAGUUACCACAAGUACGAGUGCAAAAUCAUAGCGCUGUUAAUAGGAUCAGGGAUCAGUGUCCUGAGCAUGGUGGCUCUUCGCAUGGUGACGCAAACAGGGCCGAAGAAGUGCCUGAAGAUGCAUCGGAAGAUCCUCUCGAAGGAGCCGAAAUCUGACCCUCUGGUGGCAGAAUCUUCUUCGGAACCGAAGCUCAGUAAGUCGGCAAGGCGCCGAUUGCGGAAGAAGAAGCUGAAGGAGUCCGAGACACCGACAAUGGACCAUCUUCCGGAAGAGGACGAACACCUCACUAAGGACGUGGACAUCAGAGCGUACGAUCUCGUAACACUGUCGAGACAAAGAUCGCCGAAGGAUUUCCUUCAACGAACCGUAAUGGCCGCUUUCCUGACGAGAUGCUUGCAAAAGGUCGGAUUUCUUGAGAGCCCUUCAACCCCCUUCGAGCCCAGCCCUGAAGAGGUCGCCGUGGGGUCUUUGCUCCUGAGGAACUUGCAGCUCCUGCAAUUCAACGCCCACGAGAUCUACGAGACCCGAAUCGCCUCUGAGCAUCGUUUUCGAGGGAGUAGACCUGUUUAUCUAGGAGUGGCGAUUUACCCUAGCGUGGCCCUAUUCAACCACGACUGUUAUCCGGCUGUGACAAGGUACUUCGUCGGCAGAGACAUCGUGAUAAGGGCUACCAGAAGUCUGAAUGUCGGAGACGCGGUGGCCGAGAAUUACGGGCCGAUAUUUACCAAGAGAAGUCUGCAGGAGAGGCAGCGUUCCUUGUUCGGGCGUUACUGGUUCCGAUGUGCUUGCACAGCUUGUACAGAGAAUUGGCCAUUGUUGAAGGACAUGUCGAAUGCCUCCGCCAGAAUUCGGUGUCCUACGCAGGGAUGCCCGAAAUUACUGGCGCGGCCUCGGGACCCGAAGAAGAUCCUGAAGUGUCCUGGAUGCCAAAAAAAAGUGUGCCUGGAAGAGGUGGAAAAUAAAUUAAGGGAAUGCGAGACUGCCUACGAGAGUGGAUUAUCCAAGAUGGACGCCGAGCGGCCGGAAGACGCGAUUCGCGAACUCGCCGAAGCCUUGAAGAAUUUCCACCGGAUUGCGGCGCCUCCGCACAAGGGGACGCACCUUGCGGAAAUUGCUCUGGCCGCUUGCAUGGCGAAUUCCGGAAACACUUGGACGAUCGGAAGUUAGGGAAGUGGACUAUCAUCUGUAAGGUAAGCUCACCUGGGCGUCCUGACUGCGGGGACGCCUGGGAGGGCCGCCGCCUCUUCCUCCGCGGAAGUUGCGCCGGAAGAAGCGACGUAGAGGAGGUC